AUGGAAAAUUUAUUUUCACGUUCAUAUAUUGAUACAAUAUAUACAACACUUUUUCAAAGAACAGGAAAAGAAAAUUGUCAAAAUAAUAUUAUAAAGUUUGAUAAAGUUAAAGAAAUUAUUGAAGAUAGUAAUAUUAAAAUUAAUAAUACCAAAGGAUACAACUUAUCCUUGACAUUUGCUAGAAUAUUAACAAAUCCAGCUGACUUACUUGGAGUAUUUUUAAUUCUUUUAUAUUUAUCACAAACUCAUUUUCCUAAAUAUCAAAAGGUUGUUGGUGAUUAUGAAAGUAAAUGUCCACUUAUAUCAUUAAAAGUUACUAAUGCUACAUAUGCUAAUGUACUCAAAGACCAUGUUUUAAAGAAUGUCACAUUUAUUGAAGUUAAUGGUAGUGAAAAUACAUUACAAAAUAUGCCUUAUGAUCCAACAAAACAUUUAAUUAAUGAUUCUCAAAAUAUUGAAGUGCUGAUUUUAAAUGAUAAUUUAAAUGAAGACAUUGUAUAUUUAAAUGAACCUGAUGAGGAAUAUUUUAACCCAAAAAAUCCUAAUAUAGAAGAAAGUAACAAGGAAGUAAUAGAAAAUAGAAAGGAAAUUGUAAAAUUAUUAAAUGAUAUUUCAAUUCAAGAUGAAGAGAUAGAAGAAGAUAUAGAAAGUAAAAAAUUAGAAUCAGUGGUGAAUUUAAUCCAUAAGUAUAAAUUUACAUAUGAAUUUUGUAGGAAAUUAUUUGAUAUCUUUUUGACAAUCUCUUUAUCUAUGACUUUUAUUACAUCAUUUUUAGAAUUGUUAAUAAUGUUUGUCACUCAAUACCUUUGUUGA